UGGAAGAGGAACCUUCGUCUUCAACUUCAACUUCAACUUCAAAAGAGAUGGAAAAGCCAGAGGUGAGAUACAGAGGAGUUCGGCGACGGCCGUGGGGGAAAUUUGCUUCGGAGAUAAGAGACCCAUCUCGGCGUGGUGCUCGUCUCUGGUUAGGAACAUUUGAUACAGCAGAGGAAGCAGCAAGAGCUUAUGAUAGAGCUGCAUUCUCUUUGAGGGGUCAUUUGGCAAUCCUUAAUUUCCCCAAUGAACGUCAUUCUUAUGAUUCUUCUCUGAAUGCUUCUACUGUUGCUGUUUCUGGUCCUCCUAGAGAAGAAAAAGUUGAAACAGGAAGUGAAAGUGGAAGCAAUAGAGAUGUGAUUGAGUUUGAAUAUCUGGACGAUAAGAUUCUGGAGGAGCUUCUUGAUGUUGAAGCAGAGGACACCAAAUCCAAGAACAAGGGCAAGAAAUACUGAAACUUUGAUUCAACUUUUUUUUUUUUUUUUCCUAGUAACUGUGCCUUCUUAUG